UUCUCUCAUCAGCAAAGGCGCCGUCGCUACCAAGGAAGUUAUUGCGCGGUUUUCUCAUACUCCUUGCCCUGUUAGUAAUCCCUUUUUUUUAGUCAAAAUGGAGAAAACUAAAGAAGUCAGUUUAACGAAGGUAGGGCAAAUGGGACAGAUAGAAGUAGUAAGCCUACUCUCAUAAAAAAUGUUCGAGUCAAACAUCAUACUGCUAAUUCUAACAGCAGUACUACUGCCUAUAUUCAGAUUUUGGGUAUUGGAAUGGAUACUCACGAUACAAUGCCUUCGGUUUUACUUUUCUUUGACAAGCAAAGGUUUAUCUUUAAUGCCGGAGAGGGCUUACAACGUUUUUGCACCGAACAUAAGAUUAAACUAUCAAAGAUAGAUCAUAUAUGCCUUUCCCGUGUUUGCUCAGAGACAGUUGGAGGACUUCCAGGUUUGCUUUUGACUUUGGCUGGCAUGGGAGAUGGACUGUCUGUUAACAUAUGGGGUCCUUCGAAUCUCAACUUAUUGGUCGAUGCUAUGAAGUGCUUCAUCCCUCAUCAUGCCAUGGUUCACACCAAUCUCAUCUCUCAUACUGGCCCUCUUCAAGUGGACAGCUUUCACAACUGUGCGUCAGUAGCAAGCAACUUUAAAGAUGUUAAAAUAUCAGCCAUUCUCUUGCAGCCGAAUGGGGUCGAAGAUUCUGAUGUAAAGCCAAGUGAUGUGUCAGUGAUAUACGUGUGUGAAUUAAAUGAGAGUAAGGGGAAAUUCCACAAAGAAAAAGCUGAUGCUCUUGGCAUAAAAGUUAAGACAAAGUUUAGGGAAUUGACUGAAGGAAAAUCAGUCAAGUCAGAUUUGUUAGAUAUCACAGUUCAUCCCAGUGAUGUAAUGGGUGCUCCUGUCCCUGGUCCCGUUGUGAUUAUAGUUGACUGUCCAACUGAUUCUCAUGCACAAAAACUUACCUCCACGCAAUCUCUUAAUGAUUAUUAUUCAGAUUCAAGUUGCCAGUCACAGAGCUGCAAGAUUGUGAAUUGUGUUAUUCAUUUAGGCCCUGCUUCUGUUGUCAGUAGUUCCCACUACAAGAAAUGGAUGAACAAGUUUAGUUCAGCACAGCAUGUUAUGGCUGGAUAUGCAAUGAACAAAGUACAAAAUCCAAUCCUAAAAUCAAGUGCAAGAAUCACCACGCGCCUUAGUUACUUAUGUCCUCAAUUAUUUCCACUCAUGUCUUCAACAUCAGACCACGAUUUUACACAAGAGGAUUUGACUUCAAAGCUUUGUAAUGGCGUCUUUGCAGAAAAUCUCCUAAAGUUUAUUUUGCGCCCUCACGCUCGUCUUGGAUUAGAUAGAUCCGAUGUUCCAAGUCCACUGGCAGCAUCAGCAGUCAUUGAUGAGUUACUUUUAGAGAUUCCAGAUAUAAUAGAUGCUACACAACAUGUAAGCCAGUUGUGGCAGAAACCUACAGCAACAAACAAGUGUGCAAUCUCUUUUCAAGAUAGUAAAGGUUUGAUUGACGAACCAAUCUUGGAUGAAAAUAGCCAUCCUUGUUGUCUGGAAAAUAUACGAAGAGACGAUCUUGAGAUUACAUUUCUAGGGACUGGUUCCUCGCAACCGUCUAAGUAUCGCAAUGUCACUGCUAUCUAUUUCAAUCUUUUCUCUAAUGGAAGUCUGCUCCUAGAUUGUGGAGAAGGAACCUUGGCACAACUAAAAAGAAGAUAUGGCAGUGAGGGUGCUGAAAAUGCUGUAAGACAUCUUGCUUGUGUUUGGAUUUCUCACAUCCAUGCUGAUCACCAUGUAGGCUUAGUUCGGAUUCUUACCCUGAGACGCGAUUUGUUGAAGGGAGUGCCACAUGAUCCAUUGAUUGUUAUAGGGCCAUCACAUCUUAAUCUAUUUUUAGAUGCAUACCAGAGACUUGAAGAUCUAGAUAUGCAGUUCUUGGAUAAUAAAUCCACAACUGUAACUUCAUGGGAAACUUUCAACUUCGAUAACGAAUCAAACAAAACAAUUACGUCAACUUCAUGUCUCGAAGAAAGUUGUUUGCAAGGCAGUUCGAAACGAAUGAAACUCAGUAUUCCGAUUGACAAUGUUGCAACUUCUGCUUUACUAACCCGUCUGAAGAAAGUUCUCAACAAAGCAGGGCUUGAAAGGAUCAUCAGUUUUCCUGUCGUGCACUGCCCCGAGGCUUUCGGUGUCAUCCUGAAAGCGGCGGAUAGAAUAAAUAGUGUUGGAAAAGUAAUACCGGGUUGGAAAGUUGUGUACUCUGGCGACACUCGACCAUGCUCGGAAACGAUAGAAGCAUCUGAGGGAGCUGCCAUUCUUAUACACGAGGCAACUUUUGAGGAUGGCAUGGCAGGGGAGGCCAUAGCAAAGAAUCACAGUACAACAAAGGAAGCCAUUGAUGUCGGAAACUCAGCAGAUGCAUAUCGGAUCAUUCUUACACACUUCAGUCAAAGGUACCCAAAAAUCCCUGUAUUGGAUGAGCUGAGCAUGCAUAAAACCUGCAUAGCUUUUGACUUGAUGACUAUAAACAUAGCUGAUUUGCAUGUGCUCCCUGAAGUGAUUCCGUACCUGAAACUGCUUUUCAGAACUGAGAUGUUAAUUGAUGAUUCAGAUGAUCAUAUCGUAGAGGCAGAUUUAUAAUUGUAUCUCCUUUUUGUUAUUUAAUAAAUGAUUUUUGAAUAGGAUGUUGAGAAAAGAAGUUUUUGUUAAGAUU